UGGACGAGCUUCUAUUUAUAAAGGGUUUAGGUUAACCCAUCUGGUUGUGCAUUGACGCAGAAGCAAUGGGAGGGUUCAAGCACUUGGUGAUUGUCAAGUUUAAGGAAGAUGUAGUGGUAGAGGAUAUGUUGAAAGGAAUGGAGAAGCUGGUUUCAGAGAAUGAACUUGUCAAGUCCUUUGAAUGGGGACAGGAUGUGGAAGGGCAUGAGAUGCUCAGACAAGGAUUUACCCAUGCCUUCUUGAUGACAUUUGAAAAGAAGGAAGACUACACUGCGUUUCUCGGUCAUCCAUCUCACGUUGAAUACUCGACCACAUUUUCAGGAGCCAUAGACAAGAUCGUGGUUCUCGAUUUUCCAAUUAAUCCAGCCAAGCCCCCUGCAUAAUCUAUGAGUGAUAAUCCAUCAGUGAUUAUGAUCAUGAUCAUUAAUAUGAAUAAUAAGGAACCCAAGGAAAUAUUAUGUGUAUGUUCUGGUUGAGUUUGUGUAUAAUGUGUUUGCUUACACAGUUGUUGGUAUGCAUAUUCAUCUGCCUCUUCUUUCUUUUUUUCUGGAUGCAAGUUCAUCUGCUAUUGUAUUUUGAAAUGCACUAUUUUAAUAUUGAACGUGGAUGAAAUAGAAAGCUAGCUUGAUUGUGGACU